AUGAUCCGGUUCCGGAGCUCCAGCAUCAGGUCGCUGAGCCCGGAGAUGAAAUGCACCGUGCGGCUGCUGGACGAUUCCGAGAUCUCCUGCCACAUCCAGAGGGAAACUAAAGGUCAGUUUCUCAUAGAUCACAUCUGCAACUAUUACAGCUUGCUGGAGAAAGACUAUUUUGGCAUUCGCUAUGUUGACCCUGAGAAGCAAAGGCACUGGCUUGAGCCCAACAAAUCUGUCUUCAAGCAAAUGAAAUCUCACCCACCGUAUACUAUGUGCUUUAGAGUGAAAUUCUACCCACAUGAACCCUUGAAGAUUAAAGAAGAACUCACCAGAUACCUCCUAUAUCUACAAAUAAAAAGGGAUAUUUUCCAUGGCCGUUUGCUGUGUUCUUUUUCUGAUGCUGCCUACCUGGGUGGUUGCAUUGUCCAAGCUGAGCUUGGUGAUUAUGAUCCUAAUGAACACCCAGAGAAUUACAUCAAUGACUUCAAGAUUUUUCCCAAGCAAUCACAAAAGCUCGAGAAGAAAAUAACUGAAAUGCAUAAAAAUGAAUUCAGAGGUCAGAGUCCAGCUGUUGCUGAAUUGAACUUGCUCCUCAAAGCAUAUUCUUUGGAAACUUAUGGUGUUGAUCCUCAUCCUUGCAAGGACUCCAUGGGGACAACUACAUUUUUAGGUUUCACAGCUGCAGGAUUUGUAGUUUUCCAAGGGAAUAAAAGAAUUCAUUUGUUAAAAUGGUGUGAUGUCUAUAAACUAAAAUUUGAAGGGAAGACUUUUUAUGUGUUUGGAACUCAGAAAGAGAAAAAGGCUGUGCUAUCAUUCCAUACCUCUACACCAGCAGCCUGCAAGCAUCUUUGGAAAUGUGGGGUGGAGAACCAGGCUUUUUACAAGUAUGCAAAAUCCAGUCAGAUCAAGACCAUGUCCAGCAGCAAGAUAUUUUUUAAAGGCAGUAGAUUUCGUUACAGUGGAAAAGUAGCCAAAGAGGUCGUGGAGGCAAGCUCUAAAAUCCAGAGGGAACCUCCUGAAGUUCACAGAACCAGCAUUACCCAGAGUCGCAGCUCUCCCUCUUUGAAUAAGCAACUCAUAAUCAACAUGGAACCUCUGCAGCCCCUCCUCCCUUCUCCCUGUGAGGAGGAAGAGGUUCCUUUAGAUGAAGGUAUCCAGCUGCCAAAGGAAGAUGAGAUUUUAGUACCUGUGACUUUAAGCUCCCCAAUUAAGGACAGUGGGGAGAAUGCCAACCUUGCCAUUGAACAAGAAGAGAACAUGAAAGAGGAACCUUUAACUAUCUCAGAACUGGUAUACAAUCCUAGUGCCAGCUUGCUGCCCACUCCUGUUGAUGAUGAGAUUGACAUGCUUUUUGAUAGCUGUCCAAGAGUAGAGAAUGAGAAAGAUGAUACAGAUUCAUUUGAGGACCUGGAAGCAGAUGAAAAUGCCUUUUUGAUUGCAGAGGAGGAAGAACUGAAAGAAGCUCGGAGGGCGCUUAGAUGGAGCUAUGACUUUGUGAUGGGGAACAUAAAGGUGAAUGCCGUUGUGAAAAGUUUUUCCAGACUUCUUCUUGUAGGCCUUGGAGUGUUGUUAUUUGUGUUCCCUGUUCUCCUUGUUCUGUUGGAGUCAGACCUUCAAAUCUCAUUCCUCCAUGAAAUUCGUCAGACGCCGGAGUUUCAGCAGUUUCACAUUGAAUAUUACUGCCCACUGAGGCAGUGGUUUGCUUGCAAAAUAAACUUCAUUCGUGACAUGAUGGGCAGCUUUUAA